ACAUAUAUGUGUCAUGGACAGUGUCUUGGGCUUAGUCUGAAAAACUCCAUAUCCCACGCUGCAUCACUGCACCUGCUGCUGCCUAGACAGAGCCCACUGACCAGGGAUGUCUUGUUGUAUGGGCUGCACUGAUGCCAUCUUAAGAUCCAUCUAACUGUCUGAAGGGACUUUUGAGGCUAUUACAAUUUAUUAUCCCAGAAGCACAGAACUCUGGCACCAGCGGCUCAUUCUUUUUUGAAGUCUCUGUCUCCGUCUGUCUCUCUCUCUCUGACUCUCUCUCUCUCAAUCUUUCCCUCCCUCUCUCUCUCCCUCCCUCUUUCUCUCUUCUCUUCUUCUCCAGAGACCUUUGGCUGCUCAUAGCAUACUGCUGUACCUGCUAAGCCUCCACCCCACACUCACAGAGACACAAAGACAGAGGCAGUAAGGUCAAAUUAAUCCAAAUUUCAGCCAUGUUUCCCUUUCGUCUGCCCCUUCUGGCGGCUCUGCUGGGUGUCGUGUUGAGCCAGUAUGACUAUGGAUACGACUACAACCCCGCAGAGGUCAGAGCCCCCACCCCUCGCUGCUCAGAUGAAUGUGAGUGCCCCAGCAACUUCCCCACUGCCAUGUACUGCGACCAUCGUGACCUGAAGGCUGUUCCUUUUGUGCCCACUGGCAUCAAGUACGUCUACUUGCAGAACAACCACAUCACCGAGAUUAAGUCAGGUGUGUUUGACAACGUCACAGACCUGCGAUGGCUCAUUCUGGAUAACAACAACCUCACCAAUGGUAAAAUAGAGAAAGGCACCAUCGACAAGCUCACCAAGCUGGAGAAGCUGCACAUCAACUUCAAUAUGCUCAGUGAGGCUGUGGUGCCCAAAUCCAGUGCCAUGGAGGAGAUCAAGAUGAUUGGCAACAAGAUCACCAAAUUCCCCGCCGGCCUGUUGUCUGGGAUGGACAACCUCACAGCUGUGCAUCUCUUGAAGAACCAGCUCACCUCGGAUGGCCUCAGCGGUGCUUUCAAGGGCCUCAAGUCCCUGAUGCUGCUGGACGUCAGUGAGAACAAGCUGAAAAAACUGCCCGCUGGGAUGCCCAGCUCUCUCAUGAUGCUCUACGCUGACCAUAACGACAUCGAGAGCAUAUCUGCCGGCUAUCUGCAGAAGCUCCCCACACUGCAAUACUUGCGCAUUUCCCACAACAAGCUGCAGGACUCAGGUGUCCCUGCUGGUGUUUUCAACGUGUCGUCCCUCGUCGAGCUGGACCUGUCCUACAACAAGCUAACCUCAAUUCCGGAAAUUGGCGAGAAUCUGGAACACUUGUACCUACAGGUCAACGACAUCAGCAAGUUUGACGUCUCAAGCUUCUGCAAGGUGGUGAGCCCAGUGAGCUACUCCAAAAUAAGGGACCUGCGUUUGGACGGCAACAACCUCACCCCCCAAAGCUUGCCCUUGGAAGCAUCUCAGUGUCUGCCCCUGGCUACAGAUUUAGAAAUCUAAACUGGAGCCUCCCACCCCCUGCCCACUCACACCCCUUACCUCCCAACUCCUUUCCCAUUUCCUGGUCUGUUCGCUAUUUCUUCAGUGAUCUCUUCUUCACAGUCACUGUUGAUUAAAAGCAUUGAUGUUAACGACUUAGCCUUAGUGUGUCACAUAAAUUGAGGAGAACAGGCCUCUUAUAUGAGUAAAUUGACAGAUUUGUUCAUAGCUAAUAGUGAUUUUUGAAGAACAGUUCAUAUACAAAUUAACACUGAUUUUCUUUUUACAAUAUGUCCAGGUGAUUCUUCACAACACUUCCAGUGCAGAAGCAUUGUUUGCUAAUAUUGCUAACAAGUGGUGAACGUGUAGUCUAUGUUAGUGUUAAACGUAUGCCCAACAUGUUAUCUUACAUACUGUAUAGAUAAAAAUGCUACAUAAACUGGUGUCUUAAGUUGCUUUGUAAUGUAGUUUCAGGAACACUUUUGAAGUGUGAUUGAUAUAUUUACCAUCUUAGGGGUUUAUGGACAUUAACUGUUAGCAGUGUUAGCAUGCUAAAAAUUAUGCUAAAUCUCUGCACUUAUACAACAAGUAGAAAAUCAGUCUCAUAUGAAUUUCAAUUGAAUUAUAAGUGAAAGACAAACUGUACUGAAUAAAAAAUGAGUUAGUUAAAAAAUAAAUUAAAUUAAAUAAAUAAUAAAUGGUGGGUCGCAAGCAACCCAUCCACAGGUGUGUUGUGAUAUACGCCAAGAUAUGCUGUAGACAAGAUGCUGGUACAGGUGUACUUUAAUCACUUUAAAACCUUUGAAUCGCAUUUGCUUCAUUUCUUUAAGAGUCUAUGUGGCUUGCUGUCAUGAAAUGUAAGUGUUCAAAGCUGUAUGCAAGAACAGGGCACUUACAAUAAGGCAUAAAGUAGGCAACAGAUAGCUGUGCCUCUGGAUCUACUGCAAAUAUAUGCUGUAAUCACUACUAAUGAGAGUUUCAAUGAAGUGUCUCUGGAUAGACAGCCUUUGUAUCUCUGAUCUCAAGCUAUUGCAUAAUAGUGCCCUUGCAUCUUUCAAUGGUUACCAUGGAGAUGUUAUUUGUCUGUAUUUUUUCCAUACACGUAUACUGGAAAGGCAUUGUUGCAACGAUGCAAAAUCCUAUAAUUGAAUAUGUUUGAAUAUGUGGAAUUGUAAAAGUGAUUCAAUAAAACAGUUUUCCUUA